AUGCAAUAUAGCAAGCCAAAGGGUAUGUUAAAUUUGGCCCAGCAAGGUGCUACUGCUUUAUCUUAUUUCUUCCAAUUUUGGUGUUACGUUACACCAAUUCUUGGUGCUUGGGUUGCUGAUACUUAUUGGGGUAAGUUAAAUACUAUUAUUGCAUUCUCUAUUUUAUACACGGUUGGUAUUUUCAUCUUAUUCAUCACUUCGCUCCCAUCAAUGAGUGAAACUACAGCAUUAGGUGGAUAUGUUGUUGCUAUUAUUAUUAUCGGUAUUGGUACCGGUGGUGUUAAGUCCAACGUUUCGCCAUUAAUUGCUGACCAAGUUCCAAAGACGUUACCAAUUAUCAAGGUUUUAAAAUCUGGUGAACGUGUCAUUCAAGAUCCAAAUGUUACUAUUCAAAACGUCUUCAUGUAUUUCUACCUUAUGAUUAAUAUUGGUUCUUUAUCUGUCAUUGCCACAACAGAAUUAGAAUCUAAUGUCGGAUUCUGGGCCGCAUACUUAUUGCCUUUCUGCUUUUUCUUUAUCGCAAUCGGUGCUUUAUUGCUCGGUAGAAAGCAAUAUGUCCAAUUACCAGUCUCUGAUAAGGUCAUCGCAAAAUCUUUCAGAAUCACCUUCAUUGGUAUAAAGAAUAGAUUCAAUUUGAAUUCUGCUAAACCAUCAGUUUCUCCAGAAAAGGAUUACCCAUGGAGUGACAAAUUCGUCGAAGAAGUUAAGAGAGCUAUCUAUGCUUGUAAAGUUUUUGCCUUCUAUCCUCUCUACUGGGUUGUUUACGGACAAAUGCUUAACAACUUCGUUUCUCAAGCUGCUCAAAUGGAAACACAUAAAUUGCCAAACGAUAUUUUGCAAGCCAUCGAUUCAAUUGCAAUUAUUAUAUUCAUUCCAAUCUGUGAAAGACUUCUUUAUCCAUUUAUCAGAAAAUUUACUCCUUUCAAGGCCAUCACUAGAAUUACCAUGGGUUACAUGUUUGCUACUGGUUCCAUGGUUUACGCCGCUGUUUUACAGCAUUAUAUUUACUCUACUGGUCCUUGUUACGAUGAGCCAUUAAAGUGUGCUGGUUACGAAGAUGUUCCAAACCACAUUCACGUUGCCAUCCAAGCUCCAGCUUAUUUCUUGAUUGCCAUGUCGGAAAUUUUUGCAUCUAUUACCGGUUUAGAGUACGCUUACACUAAAGCUCCAGUUUCCAUGAAAUCUUUUAUCACUUCAUUGUUCUUAGUUACCAAUGCCUUUGGUUCUACUAUUGGUAUUGCUUUAUCUUCUACAUCCGAAGAUCCUAAAUUGGUCUGGAACUACACUGGUUUAGCUGUAUCUUGUUUCAUUGCAGGUACUGCUUUCUGGUUCAUCUUCAAACAUUACAACUACAGAGAAGACGAAUUGAAUAAGUUAGAUUACAUUGAUGAAAACGGAGUCCCAAACGACAAUCACGAUCUUCAACCGAUCACUUCAUUUGCCCAUUCCGUCAAAAGUAUCGCUUAA